UGUGUGUGCCUCAAAAAUUUCCUUCACUUCUUUCACCUCACACGCACACUACACACAAUAAUAACAAUAUUAUUACACUUCCAUUAUUCUAAACCAUCCACACGCACGUGCGCUAUGGCUUCUGCAACAACUGCAAACGACACUGCUUCUGCUUCUUCUUCUUCUUCCUUUGGAUCUCCCUGUGGGGCAUGCAAGUUCCUGCGAAGAAAAUGUGCCGCAGACUGCAUCUUUGCACCCUACUUUUGCUCCGAACAAGGAGCUGCUAGAUUCGCAACCAUUCAUAAGGUUUUCGGGGCUAGCAACGUUUCCAAGUUGCUCUUGCGUAUACCAGAAAACGAUCGUUUUGAGGCAAUGCUGACAAUCGCUUACGAAGCCCAAGCUCGCAUCAGAGACCCUGUUUACGGUUGUGUCUCCCAUAUAUUCGCCUUGCAACAACAGGUAGCAAGCUUGCAGGCACAACUAGUGGAAAUGAAGGCACUGCUGGAUCAGAACCAGAUGGUUUACAGAAACAUGGAGAAUCAUUGGUCAGAGAAUGUUGGACAAGCAUUCAAUCCGUUUCGUCCCACUUCCAUGAAUAACCCUAUUUCUCCUCAGAGCUCACUUGACUCAAUUGAUUACAGCAGCAAUAUAAAUGAUGGAAUGAGCAUGCAAGAUGCACAAAACGGAGAUGAUUUCUCAUUCCAAGCUUGUUCUUGGAAAAGAUCACACAGCAAUGACUUGGGUGAGCUACAAGAAUUGGCACUCAGAAUAAUGAGAAAGUGUGAUUAGGCUUGCUAACACAGAAAAUUGUCUUUGUUUUCUUUAAGAGAGAUAUUACUUUGGGGUGAUGAAUUUUUGCCUAGUGUUGUAUAUACUCACGAGAGAUAGCAUUACAGGCUUUUCUAUUUGUGGAUUCAUUGCAGAAGAAAUCCCAUUUUUGAAGACUAGCUAAGUCUUUCCUUCUCUU